GAGGUCUCUGUCUGCCAAAUUAUGGCCACUGAAGUCUGUCCUUCUGUCUGUCUGCCUUGUAUGUUUUAGGCGAUUGUGUCCGCAUUUGAAUACGCCUUUUGAGUAUUGAUGGGCUUAGCGAAGGAAUCUGGAUCCCGAACUGGGAACUGGUUUUCAAGUGGCCUGAAAGUUAGGUUAAGUGUUGUUGGGAUGACGAUGGCGGCGAUUCAGGUCAUUCUAGGAAAGUUGCCAACUUAAAAAAAAAAAAAAGAGGCAGGGCUUUUAUUAACCCAAGGCAGGGCAUCAUUGUGUUGUGUACUGUGUCGUUAAUCUGUAGUGCUACCAGUAUCGAGGAAGUGCCGUUUAGCAAACACACUUUAAUUUGAUCCAUAGCGAAGACCUACGGCGAAUUCGGAUGGCGCUACAGUCGGAGCAGGGGGGUUAGGGAUCACGCACCAGGACGCCGGCUACAGACUUACCCCAUGCAACGCACUGUCCCAAACCCUUCUACAGUAGCAUGAAGACCCAGCUGGUGAGUGCCAUACACCUACAAGAGGUCGAGCUGGAUGAUAUAGCGGGGGGCAACGAUCAAGCAGAUGACAAAAGCAAUAACAAUGAGGACCCGACCUACACGGUGGAGGAGGCGGUGGAGACCAUCGGCUUCGGUCGGUUCCACGUCCUGCUCUUCAUCAUCAUGGGCAGCGCCAACAUCGUGGAGGCCAUGGAGAUCAUGCUGCUAGCCGUGGUGUCUCCUGAGAUCCGCUGCGAGUGGCGUCUGGAGGACUGGCAGGUGGCGCUGGUCUCCACGAUGGUGUUCUUGGGGUUCAUGCUGUGCGGGGCCCUGAGUGGCUACGUGGCGGACCGCUACGGGCGAUGGAAGGUGGUCGUGGCGGGGUUCUUCUGGAGCGCCUACUUCUCCUUCCUCACCUCCUACGCUCCGUCCUACGGCUGGUUCAUCUUCCUGCGCAGCCUGGUGGGCUGUGGGGUGGCGGGGGUCUCCCAGGGGUUUGUGUUGAAGACAGAGUUCAUCCCCGCCCGGCACAGAACCUACCUGCUGCCGCUGGCAACCAUCUUCUGGAUGCUGGGCUCCAUGCUGAUCAUCGUGCUGGGCAUGACGGUGGUGCCCACCUACGGCUGGAGGUGGAUGAUCCGCCUCUCCGUGACCCCCAGCGUCGUGCUCCUCUUCCUGUUCUGGUUCAUCCCAGAGUCGGCUCGCUACAACGUGUCGGCGGGGAACACGCGCGCUGCCAUGGAAACGCUGGAGUGGAUCGCCAGGAUGAACCAUGCCGCCAUGCCCCCGGGAAGACUGGUGGAGAGCGCACAGACAGAGAGGGGGAGCUGGCGUAUCCUGUUGAGUCCGGCCUUCAGAAGGACGUCUCUGCUGCUGUGGUACACCUGGUUCGUGGCGUCCUUCUCGUACUACGGCUCGGUGCUGAGCAGCUCGGAGCUGCUGGAGAAGAACCUGCUGUGCAUCACGGACGCCGACGCGGAGCACCGCGUGAAGCACCGCCACGAGGAGGGCUCCGUUUGCUACUGCAUCCCCUUCGCCUUCAGCGACUACCAGACCCUGCUCAUCAGCUGCCUGGGGGAGGUCGCACUCGUCCCCCUCAACAUCUGUCUGCUGAAUGUGGUGGGCAGGAAGCUCAGUCUGGCUUUGCUGCAGUUCCUCUCCGCCAUCUUCUUCCUCCUGGUCAACAUCUGCACCACCAUGUUUGGCUUCACAGUGCUGCUCUUCCUGCUCAGGGCUCUGGUGUCCAUGAACUUUAACGUGGUCUACAUUUACACCGCUGAGGUGUACCCGACGGUGGCGCGCUCUCUGGGGAUGGGCUUCUGCACCUCCUUCAGCCGCAUCGGGGGCAUGAUCGCCCCCUUCAUCGCCCAGGUGCUGAUGUCUCGCUCCGUCAUGUACGCCAUGUGCCCGUUCGCCGUGGCCUCCAUCGUCUGCUCCUUGGGGAACUUCCUGUUGCCCAUAGAGACCAAGGGCCGAGCGCUGCUGCAAUCCUCCUGAAGAACACAACAACCCAGACACCGCAAGACACUCCUGUGAAUAAGAGAAAUAUUAGUUGUUUAACGCCGUUUGUUUAAUUGUCAUUAAUAAUUAAUUACAAAAACACACUCCUUUGCCCUUGUCUCUAAUUCAUUAUUCCUUUUUUUUUUUUUUUAUAUCCCCUCUGUGGGGAAAUUCACAAAACUUGAAGUAUUAAAAACUACAAUAUAAUUUAGGCGUUGUUCCGUGGUUGGUUGGUGAAGGCGUGGCGCUCAUCCACUGUAUAUUUAAGUCAUUCCUCCGCGGUGUCACACCCAUGGAUUAGCACGAGGCUCCCCCGCCCGGCCAGCCCUCUGGCAGGCAGAGGAAGCAGGCGAGCCUGGGGCUUAUGGGGCCUAAGACCACAGCAUUGUUCAAUGCUUGAUCCCGAUUGGUCCAUAUCUUUUUAAGGGUGUGCAGUAUUUCUCAAUACAGGUCACUUUUCACAAUUACAGUGACAAAUAGAUUUGUUACUCAUCAAACAUUAAAAACAAAGCACCUCAGAAGAAUAAUUCGAUUUCAGCCGAUUAAGUUGAUGGAACCCCAUUUUAAUAAAGAUAAAGUAAUUAUUCACAGUUGGUCACUUUAAUAUAAAUGGAAUAAACAACUCCGGUCUCUCAUGUUAUUAGAAAAUAUUGUACAAAGGGGGAAGUGAGGUUCCUUUUGCAUAUUUCUAUUUUUAUUAUUAACUGUCCCGUUCCUCUGGCUCACACUCAGCUCAAUUCAGACUAUUACUCAAACUUUUC